CAGCAGAAACAACAGCAGAUCAGGCCUCGCCCCCCUGCCGUACUGACAGAGUGUGUGUGUCUGCAGGCGUGGCGGUGCUGAGGAAGUGGAUUGCAGGUGGAGUUUGUCGCUGUUCGGUUCGUCUGGAUGGGAAAACAGUUGUGAUCACUGGAGCAAACACUGGCAUCGGCAAAGAGACGAGCAGAGAUCUGGCACGCCGAGGAGCCCGGGUGGUGAUGGCAUGCAGGGACCUGACCCGGGCAGAACGGGCGGCCGAGGAAAUCCGCCAGUCGACAGGAAAUGGUAACGUGGUGAUCAGACACCUGGACCUCGCUUCCACUUACUCCAUUAGACAGUUUGCUAAAGACUUCCUGGACAGCGAAGAAAGGCUGGACAUCCUCAUCAACAAUGCAGGAGUGAUGAUGUGUCCAAAACAGCUGACUGAGGACAACUUUGAGACACAGCUGGCGGUCAACCAUCUGGGUCACUUCCUGCUCACCAAUCUGCUGCUGCCGAAGCUGAAGAGCUCCUCCCCCAGCCGUGUGGUCAACGUGUCCUCCGUUGCCCACCGUGGAGGUACCCCCACCCCCUUAAAAGACCUCAGUGCUGAUGUUUGCGUUGUUUCUUUAACACCUCGUGUUUUUACAGGUCGUAUUGACUUUGACGACCUGUUCUUCAGCCAGAGGCCGUACAGCGCUCUGGAGAGCUACAGGCAGAGCAAACUGGCCAACAUCCUCUUCUCCAGAGAGCUGGCCCGCCGUCUCUCAGGCUCUGGCGUGUCGUCGUUCUCUCUUCACCCAGGCGUGAUCCGGACGGAGCUGGGUCGCCACGUGGAGGGUUGGUUCCCCCUGCUCGGGCUGCUGCUGAAGCUCCCAUCCCUGCUCCUCAUGAAGACUCCGUGGGAGGGCUGCCAGACCACCCUGUACUGCGCUGUGACGCCGGGCCUGGAGGACCUGUCUGGAUGCUACUUCAGCGACUGUGCAGAGAAAGAAACUGCUCCAGAGGGACGGGACGACGUGGUGGCAAGAAAACUGUGGGAGGUGAGCACACGUCUGGUCGGACUGAAGAACACCUGCUGACCUUUAACCUCUGACGCACGAAGCAAUGGAGCUGCAGGCUGCAGAAACAAACAGAUUUACCUCUUGUAGAGACAAAUGAAGCCCAGAUGUUCCAGCUGCUGAUAUUUCUCCUGUCCUCCAGAACCUGGACUCUCAUG